UUCUACCCCACCACCACCCCCCCCAGUCUGCCCAGCCGCCAUCAUCACCAUCAGCAUCAGCCGCUCCGCGCUCCGUCCUCAGCAAAGAGUCAAGGAUGGUGGCGAAGCAGCGCAUGCGGGUGGCGAGCGAGAAGCACAGCAAAAACAUCACCCAGCGGGGCAACGUGGCCAAGUCAUCGAAAACCCAGGAUGAGCGGUACCCGGUGGGGCCCUGGUUGCUGGCGCUGUUCGUGUUCGUGGUGUGUGGCUCGGCCAUUUUCCAGAUAAUCCAGAGCAUCCGAGUUGGAGGGUGAGGAAGAGGCACGCAACCACGACUCUCAAGAUACACGCACAGACACACACACACGCGCACUUGUACACACACCCACAGCAAUGUACUUGUACCACAACCACCAUUUAGCCACUAGGUGGCGGUGACGUCACCACAACGCAUGUGCCAAGCUAGGUACAUACGUGUACGCACGCGCACACACCCAUGUGCAUACUUGUUGUACACGCGCAAACAUGCGCACACUCGCACGCUGCAUCGAUUCUUGCACCCAGGAUGUCGUUGCAACCACCACCACCUCUCUCGCGGUUACGAGUUCUCAUCCCCGCAGCCGACUCCGAUUCACGCCACGGCCUUUGUCUAAACCCCGCGGCCAUCGCGUGUCGUUCUCUUAAUUAAUCGUCAAGUGUCUGUUAAUCUAAUAGGAUGGAGGGAGUGGUGGGGGGCACCUACCUACCCACCACCCACCCGCUCGCGCACGCACGCGUUCUGCAUAAAUUACCGACGCCCGGUGUCGCCGUUGACAGAACUGUGCACGUGUCAGUCGAAGGAUCAAAGUCUACGCAUUAAAAACAUUCCAUGAUUGUGCAUCCC